AUGCCACCGUCCAGAGAUCCCCAAGGAGAAUGCGGGAGUCGGGCACUCCCCCAGAACGCGCAGGCGCUCCUCAAAUCGGAUGUUUGGGAGGAAGAGACAGGUCCUGGCAACACAAACCUUAACGUUCGAAUUAUGAACAUGGCAGAAUCGGGCCGUGAUGACAUUGAAGCCGACGACUUGCAGCGUGUCGUCAACUCCAUCGAGGCGAUGCAGGCUGAGAUGGCUAUCAAAGGACUGAGCGUCAAGAAACGGCAAGACUUGGCCAAACUGGUGGACAUUCGCAACAAGCAUGAUAUUCACAGUGCAAUCCAGCCAAACACCAGAACUCUGAAAUGGUCCGAAUUCAAGACGCAGGGCAGAGAGCCCACUCUGGAGGAAGCACUUUGCAUGUCUGGCGUUCUGCGUGCUGGAGAGCUCCCUAGCACAAAGCACCUCUUCAGGGGCCCAGGUAUCGUCCGCGACGUGCCCAUCAAGCCCAUCAAAGAAGACGAUCCUUAUUGGGACCCCGAAUGGCUUUCACUCAAUUCGUCGGAUUUCUCCAUCUCAAACUGGAGGGACAAACUGAAAGAUUCAUGGCGUCGUCAAAAGGCAACCGCCGGAACCGCCACCGCUGACGAAAAGGAAAAGUUCAGACUUGAGCAACGGCAGUUCAGCUCAGCCAUCAGCGAGAUCAGACUGAUCAGAAAGUGUUUUCUCGAAGGAGUAACCAUUCACCCCAACCAGCUCAUAUCCAAGAAGUUCAUGCCCAAGCAAGCGUUCAAGAUGCACCGUGAGACGAAUGGCGAGCAUACGUACCGCUGGAUCUUCCAGAUGUCAGGACCCGAUGACACCACCCCUGGCAACGCGACGUGGGCCACACGGACAGACCCCCUCAUGCGCCAGGUCAUCAUUCAUGGCGCCAAGAUUCAGGGCAUGGGCAAGCUAUACUCUGGUCGCAAGAAAAAGCGCCAGAACAGAAGCGAAGGGGUUGAUCAAGGCUCUGUCGAGGCGGAAAUCGAGGAAGAACGCGAGGGCGAAAACGGUCAACUCAUGCACCUUUUUGAGACUUCCCAGGGCCACGACCAUGCCGGCACCGAAGACAACGUCAUGGACGAUCAGGAAACUCUUUUCCUCGAAAGUAGCGAAAUUGUCAGCACCCACUCGCACAGCCGUAUGGAGCGUGUUGCUCGAGGUGAUCGUGCGUUUUCGCUCGACCAAGUCAAUCAAGCUGCUCGGCCUGAAGUGGCUCGUGGUCAGAACACAUCGCAGAUUUCGCAACAGCCGGCGACGACCGAUCUUUUCACUAGACGAAGAACUGCAGCAAUCAGUAACGUUCGCGGACCAACUAAGAGACAGCGGGAGAACGUUUCGAUGGCCCGAGUCGCUCGCGACCAGAGAGCUCAAGUGCAGCCUCGCGGCUCGUCUGCCAGGGACAGGUAUGCCCGCAAUAAUCGCAACCGCAGGGGCGACAUCAACCGCGACCGUGAAAGUCGACGCUGGCGCCACAGCCAGCGUACCGAUUUACCUACGACCCCCGACAGGAACCGGCGCAGUGGCAGCGGAUCCGGAGGCCUGGGCGGGCGGAAUGCGUGA